AUGGACGAGGCAUCUCAGCAAAGCUCCGGCAAAGAGCUGAGUCCUGAAACCGAGCGGCGAACUGUGGUAAAUGACCUGGCUGCCGCCGUGGAAGUGUACUCGGAGGGCAGAUGGAACGUCCUCUAUCCAGAAGCUUCGUGCCAGGUGGCCACAGACUUCGAAAUCCGCUUGCGUGAAGAUCCGACCAUCAGGACGACCGCAAGUUGCGUGAGCCACGACCUCGAGGUGAGGGCCUCAGAGAUUGAAGACUUCUCGACGAGGUGCAAGAAAUGGCUGGAGGAUGAGGAAGAUGCAGUUCGAAACGAAAGAGAGGAGGCACGGCGCAGGGACAGUCUACAGUUUCUGAAGGUGAGAGCAGACCAACGCCGGGAAUUUGUAUUUUGGGCAGUGAUGCUCGGACACCUGACGGCCUUUGUGGUUUUGCUAAAUGCACUGGUUUCGACGCAACGUGACCUGCAUGAUACCAAACUUUUAUUUCGACCGUUCUGGGAGGCAUGCCAGUAUGCUGCAGCUGCAGUUGGUAGUGGCGCGCUGUUUUUCUGCAUCUCAUGUACGGACCGUCUUUUCCCAUCAUGGCGGGCAGAGCUAUCUGCUGGGUUUGGUUGCGCAUCAUUCAUAUUCAAUUAUGGAUGCACUGCUGCUUAUAUUCAUUUUCAAGCAGAUCUGCUAGCGGUAUGCGCAAACGGAGUCGCGGCAGGAUGGAUCGCACGUCAUCUACACUCCCGGUACUCGGUAGCCUUCGGUGCAGUCGGCUUUUCUGGCUACAUAAUUCUCAGGUCGAUACUUCGUCCGAGUUUCGAAUUCCGACCUUUCUGGGAUGUGUUCCGGGACUCUGCAAUUGCCCUUGGCAUCUCACUGCUGGCCUUCUUCAUCUAUUUGACCAAGCUCGGCAGAACCUUCACAGGAGUGAUGACAGUGUAUUUGCUGUCACUUCUUGCGUGUUUGGUGAUCGUUGUGGCCUACUGGGCGGGCGUUGCAGUUCCGGUAUCUUUUGGGUUCAGCCCCUUUGUCGGCAUCUACGCGCGCUUCUUACUUGUCCCUGGAGACAUGCGUGAGAAGUUGGAAGAAAUGGCUCUGCACAAUACCCUCAACAAGACCAUCACGUUCGAGGGUACUGUGAGUCACGAGCCUCGCAAAGCUUGCGUGGUUUCCUGGCCUGGAAAGUAUGUGACUGCCUGGGAUCACAUGGUGGCCAGCGCCCGGGCUGGUCAGACGAGUGCGGCUGUGGUCUUCUUGCCUCCGGGCACCAAGAACUUUGGGAAGCAUAGCUCCAUUCCCGCACAUGAAGGGAUAGACGGCUGCUGCUGGUGUCAGCCUCUGUAUGGAGAGAGGAAGCGCUGGGGUUGCCGCUGGUGGGCCUUGUGGAUACAGAAUGUGGAAACUGCCGUCAAACACCAUGCGGAACUUCAAGUCUACUUCUUUGAAGGAGCCUGCGGAAAGGGCAAGGUAGCAAGCUUUGAGACGGCGGGCCAAGAACACCUCCAACGAGAGACACUUCUCAAAAAGAUGUAUGAAUUCAGAAACUCCGACAGCUUCCGAGACGCUCGCGAUGCGGGCCUCAAGAAUCUAAGCCGCCUGGAGCGAUAUGAUUCGUCGUCGCAAUACAGCCGUGAGGAGUACCGCUUAUUUCUGCAGUGGCUUCCAGAUUCUGAACGACAGUUGCUGCAAAACGCAGAAGGCUUGGGGAAUUCACAGAAAGCUGAAGUGGCGUGGCUUGAGAAGAAAGGCUACAAGUACACUGCAGUGGACAUCUCCCGAUGGCUAAAAGAGCCAGCGGAAGACAGAGAGAAUCGUUGGGCUUGGAAGCCCGAGGCAAGCUCCCUCGUUUGUGUCUCGCCUUUUUUGGCCUGGUCCAGCGGCCUGGUUAUUGACGAAGAGAGUUCAGAACGAUAUGAAGACAAGUUGCUGAUGGUGGAAGGAAUGCUAGCGGUCGCUCGUGGAUACUGGCAUGACUGGAUGGUCUCGGUGAGUGGAGUGCUUGUGCCGAUCGAGCAAGUUGGCAUGUUGUUUGGGCAGUGCUUGGCUCAGCCAGACCUGAGGCCACCAUGGGCUGGCGUUUCUCGGAGCUUGCGCUUGAACCAAGAGGUGACAUCGGUGGCCACGGAUGGUGCCACGUCUAUGCGGAAGGCCGCGCUGAUCAUGGAGAGUCAGAUAUUCCCGAACAUGUGUUCUGCCCUGCCGGAUCGGGCGUAUCAGAUUCGCAGAGCGUCAAUGCCGCUGACGCUGGAAAAGCGUUGCAAGACAUUCUGGGGGAGUGUAGUCUCCAAGCGUCACACUCUCGUUCCUGACCUGCAAAACUCAGUGGAGUGGCAGAUGAGGUUUGAGACUAUGGAGAACGAGCUCAGGAGUCAGAGGACCGGCCUCUACGACAACUUGGAGAAGUAUCAUCUGCCGACCCCGGAAUCGGUUUUCACGCUGGAAUAUUUCAAGGAGAAGCCGCAGCCGUUCUGCGACCUCGCCAAGGAGUUGCUGCCGGGGAAGUAUCUGCCCACACUGACUCACUGCUUCAUUCGCCUGCUGGAAGAAAAGGGACUACUACAAAGGCUGUUCACUCAGAACAUAGAUGGCCUGGAGCGUGUUUGUGGCAUCUCCCCAGAGCUGCUGGUGGAAGCCCACGGAUCCUUUGCCAAUGCCCACUGCGUGGAGUGCCGCCAGCAGCACGACGUUCUUCGCUGGCGCGACUGUAUCGAGCGCGGCGAAUUGCCGCGCUGUGGUUCUGUGAGGGCCAUACCGAAGCCGGCUGCGAAGCCGACGGAGACCGAGAUGGAGGAGGUCCGGAAAGAGCUCGAGACCUUGCCGGCGUUGCGGGCAGAGGCAUGGAAGACCACGGACUUCACGGAGCUCACGGCCGUCGGCCUCCGGGAGGCCAACCUCAAGGCCAAGCUAGCCGAGAUGGAGAGGUGGGCCGCCGAAGCAGAUGCCAAGCACGAGGAGUGGGAGAAAGGCCCCAAGACUUUCCCCUGCGAGGGCCUCAUAAAGCCGGACAUUGUCUUUUUCGGUGAGGGCUUGCCACCACGCUUUACCUACCUGGCCGAGCGUGAUGGCCGCGCCUGCGAUCUGCUGCUGGUAUUGGGCACCUCUCUCAAGGUGAUGCCCUUUGCUGGGCUUCUGGGCAAAGUGUCGGCCUUGUGCCCGCGGCUCCUCAUCAACCGGGAACCCGUGGGGCUGCACAACCAAGAAGAACUAUCGGGACGUGCACAUGGCAGAUGA